UGCGGUCCCAAGUGCAGUUCCGUUUAGGCCAACUGCUAAUGGUGGUUUGUGCUCUACAUUUGGCGAUAUGCAAUGAUUAUGACUAUUGCAGCGAGGACCCGGGUGAUGAUGUCGAAUCGGAUUGCCCUGGAAAAGAGAAUUAUUUUGCAGUGGAAGUUGAGGGCUGUAUGACGCGGCUAUAUUGCUACAGGCGACUGAACCAGACCUGCAUGACAUUUCAAAUCGAAAGCCAGUGCGAAAGGGGUCUCUCCUGCUCCUGUGGCAGGUGCAUGAAUUGCGAUAAGCAUGAUAGGUGCUACAUGGAGCUGUGUCCCUACGGGAUGAAGAAGCGCGAUCCGCUACUUCCCUGGUACUUGCCUCGGUGGCUGCAAGUGCUCGCCAGAUAUAAAUAUCCACCAGCCUAUUUAUAAGAAGUCCAAAAAUAUUACCCUUGAGCCCCUGCACCGCCCCUGGACCGGUUCUUCGCCCGAUUACAUCAACGUUUAUUAAAAUAUUUAUAACUA